GCUGGGACUACAACAGUCAUUGGUAGAUAUUUAGGCACUGGCUUGGCGUUGCGCUUGCUUUGGUGCACCAAGUGGAAUGACGUAGUUAAGUUCAUCUUCCCAAUAAAAGGGUGUGCGUGAAUCUGUUCGUGCAACGAAAACUUUUGCUCCUCUUUUUUUUCUCCUUUCAGCUGUAGUUGUUGAUCACACGGGUGCUGAUAACGUGAAUCUCUUUAUUUGUUCAGAAAGUGACGAGGUUUCAGGGACGUCGGUAGUUCUUCUUCUUGUUCUUCUUUGUUGUUCAGGGUGUUUCGGAUAAUGGGUACCAGGGAGAUAAAGUCGCCGGAGUGUCUCCCGGAGAGCCAAGCGAGUGCGCAAGCAAGCGCGAGUGUGAACGCGAAUUCCGAGUCGUUUAGGAGGAAGAAGCUGGGCAACUUCUUCAUCGAGUCUGACGACAGGAGGACGGCUUUCGGGCGGGGUUACACCGGCGGCACUACCCCCGUCAAUAUCCACGGGAAGCCGAUUGCCGACCUGUCGAAGACGGGCGGCUGGAUCGCGGCCUUCUUCAUUUUCGGAAAUGAGAUGGCAGAGAGAAUGGCAUAUUUUGGCCUCUCGGUGAACAUGGUGGCUUUCAUGUUUUACGUUAUGCACAAACCCUUUGCCAGUUCAUCGAACGCAGUUAACAAUUUCCUCGGGAUAUCGCAAGCCUCCUCCGUCAUAGGAGGUUUCCUAGCCGAUGCAUACCUAGGCCGAUAUUGGACGAUAGCGCUUUUCACCACGAUUUAUCUUGCGGGCUUGACGGGAAUCACCUUAUGUGCAACCAUGGGCAUAUUCAUGCCGGAACAAGAGGGGUGCGAUAAGCUCGCGCUUCUGUUAGGAAACUGCGAGCCCGCCAAACCCUGGCAGAUGCUUUACCUAUACGCUGUGCUCUACAUAACCGGGCUGGGUGCCGCUGGAAUCAGGCCAUGUGUCUCUUCUUUCGGGGCUGAUCAGUUCGACGAGAGAAGUAAAGACUACAAGUCCCACUUGGAUAGGUUCUUCAACUUCUUUUAUCUCUCUGUCACGGUUGGUGCGAUCGUGGCCUUCACGUUGGUCGUUUAUAUUCAGAUGGAACACGGGUGGGGCUUGGCUUUUGGUUCUCUGGCCAUUGCCAUGGGAAUAUCAAACAUGGUGUUCUUCCUGGGCACGCCUUUGUACCGGCACAGGUUGCCGGGAGGCAGUCCCUUGACGCGGGUCGGCCAAGUUCUCGUUGCUGCUUUCCGGAAGAGGAAAGCCGAAUUCUCGAGCAGUGAAUUCGUGGGCCUCUAUGAAGUUCUGGGGAAACAAUCGGCCAUAAAGGGUAGCGGAAAGAUUGCCCACACAGAUGAAUUCAGAUGCUUGGACAAGGCGGCUCUGCAGCUGAAAGAGGAUGGUCCAGAUCCUAGUCCAUGGAGGCUCUGCACCGUGACCCAAGUCGAGGAAGUGAAGAUCCUCAUCAAGCUCAUCCCAAUCCCAGCCUGCACAAUCAUGCUCAGCUUGGUCUUGACCGAGUACCUGACCCUCUCGGUCCAACAGGCCUUCACGAUGAACACCCACAUGGGCCAUCUCAAGCUCCCCGUGACCUGCAUGCCCGUCUUCCCAGGCCUCAGUAUAUUCCUCUUACUCUCUCUGUACUAUUCCCUGUUCGUCCCUCUGUGCAGACGCGUCACGGGCCAUCCGCUGGGCGCUUCUCAGCUCCAGAGGGUAGGGAUCGGGCUGGCGGUCUCAAUCCUGUCCGUGGCGUGGGCUGGGCUUUUAGAGAGGUUCAGGAGGAAUUACGCCAUCGAGCAUGGCUACGAGGCUAGCUUCCUGAGCCCGAUGCCGAACCUGAGUGCGUACUGGCUGUUGAUUCAGUACUGCCUGAUCGGGAUAGCCGAAGUGUUCUGUAUUGUGGGGUUGUUGGAGUUUCUAUACGAGGAGGCACCGGAUGCAAUGAAAAGCAUAGGGUCUGCUUAUGCCGCUCUGGCCGGUGGAUUAGGUUGCUUCGCAGCCUCUAUACUGAACAACAUCGUGAAAUCGGUCACAGGUAACGAGAAGGAAAGGCGACUGUCGUGGCUUUCCCAAAAUAUCAACACUGGUAGAUUCGAUUACUUCUACUGGCUGCUCACCGUUUUGAGCUUGAUCAAUUUCGGCGUUUUCUUGUACUUGGCGCGGAGGUAUAAGUACAGGGCAGGGCACAAGGCUGAGACCAGGGAACCGGUUAAAAUAUAGAUCAAGAGACACUAGACAGGACAGGAAGCCGAUGCUAUAGACCGGAGCGAUGCAAGCUUCGCGGCGACGCAGAGGAUGCAUCGAUUGGUGGCCGCAUUUUAUCUUUAAUAUAUGACUUAGGGUUUGAGUUUCUCUUUGUUCUGUUCACUCUAGUGUAGAUCAUUGGGGUUUUAGGUGUCAAGGAUUUUUAUCAUCCGCGGAUCAAUUACAAAUGCCACAUACAGAUUUUUUCUCACAAGGUUAAGCUUGUGUUAGAAAGUUGUAGCGUCCCGAGUGUAAAAGAAAGAUUUCAUGUUCUGCAAGAACAAUGUAUUGCAACUCUAUGUAUGUGUUGGUGGUGUCAA